AGCUGCGAAUAUUUAAAGACACUAGAGUCCAGCAGAGACAUAGAGGUUGGUCAAGAUGCGUCGCUCCUCGUUUACGCCCGUUUUCAACCUGAGCACCCAGGAGCCACUGAUCGUGGUGGAGGAAUCGCAUGCCCCCGAGGAUGGUGAUGAUUUGGAGGGCGCCAUCGGUGGCUGUGAUCCUGCCGGUGGCACAAAGCGUUCCAAUAGCGAUGAUUCGGAGCCGGAUUCACCGGUGAAUCCGUAUUUGCUUUGCCCCUUCCCCGACAUGCAGCAGAGGCGAAAGCAUUCGCUGCCCUCGCUUCAGAUCACCGAGGGCAUUACCGCCAGCCAGGUGCGACGUCUGUCGGAGGUUGGCGGCGAGACCGGCGGUCUCAGUCCCAAGGAGGUGGAGUUCCUGGCCACGCUCUCGCAGAAGGCCAAUCCAACGGCCGGCGGAAGACGACAUUCGGUGGUCACCAUUUCGGCUGUUCCACCGACGCUCUUUGGUCGCAAUCGGCGAGAGUCCAUUUCCGGAGUUUCCUUUAGUGGCAGCCGCCGUGGCAGCGCCGUUGGUGGACCACCGUUGACCGAUCAUCGCGGCAGCAUACACAACUUGCAGCUGGACAUUAUGGAUGGCAUUGUGCAGCAGCGGAAGACACGGAGCGGCAGCGGUGUGUGGACAGCGCCCGUUCUGCAGGAGGCCGACAGUAAUGUGCCCGUGCAGACAUAAGCGGCUGGCAAGAACAUCAACGGAGGUGGGAGGUAGUGGACAGCAGGAUGGCAGGAUGGCAGGAUGGCAAGAUGGCAGGAUGGCAGGAAGACAGCAGCAGGUUGGAUAUGGGAUGGAUUGGAAAUUGACGAUUUAAGGAUUCGAUUCGAGAGGGGAAAGGAGGAAGGCUUUUGGAGGGCAGAUCGGCUGGAAGGGAGGAGGAGCAGGUGCAGCAGGAGCAGCAGCAAAAGGACGAUGGUAUGGUUUUUUUUGGGUGGACACUGAGCAAUACAAACAAAACGCAUGGAUACUCCAAGCUGGACCUUUAUUAACAUUUCGUGCUCCACUCUCCCCACUCGCUCGCACUCCUCCUUUCCGCCGGGAAAUUGCUUUUCGCGGCUGCCGCAUAAAGCAAACAAACAAACCGCAAAACCGCAGCAAGCCCAAUGGAAACAAAGAGAGGAAAAACGCGGAAAAUCGCACGGAAAAUGAACGAGAAGAGAGGCAGAGGUGGAGAGAGAAAGCUGUGAAAAAAUAUAAAACUUCGAAAAUGGAAAAACUGCAGUUAAACAAAGAGCCAGCGAGAAGCAGUUUAAGAUGAAAAGAAUUGUUAACAAAAAAAAAAAGAGAGA